AUGUACCAUGUGCUUUGACCAGUACAGUCAUUAUUUCAUUUCAUUAUUGGAGGUAACAUGUGAUGUUUUGAUCAGCGGACGCUAGAUUCUAAUUGGGGUUUAACACCUGUAUAAUUACCUUUUACGAACCUGAGCGAGUAAGCCUGAUCACUGCCUGUUGUUCUGUUAUGGCCAGGUGCUGCACACUGUUAAUUCUGACAUGGAAUGUACAUUAUUAAGCAAGCCAGGCUCGAGGCAUUUUGUCAUUGUUUGAAGGUCUUAUGGUAAGGCCUCAUUCAUGAUUUGCUUCAGUAGUCACCAUUUUAUUGAACUUGUAUUUGAAAAGCAGUGUAUUAGCUGAAGGUUCUGCCAUGUUGAAUACCUGUGGAUAUGUGAGGUCUGCUGUUCUCAACACUGGAGGUGGUGUGGGACAUAUUCGCGUGUGCCAGUCAGAAGAUUACCUGAUGCAAGCAGUGAUGCGGUGAAGUGGUCGUGGUUGACGCUGUCCCCUGCCGGUCCAGUGUCACCGAGGCAAGUGCCAGCCUUCUAGCUACCCUGCAGAUCAAUACAGCAGUACGUCUCCCAGCUCGUAGUACAUCCAACUCUGAGUAUCUCUGUAUGGGGACACUGACAACGCUGGAACAAUGUAGCAAUAAGUGGCACUUAUUACUUCCACCUACUAGUCAUCAUGGAUAUCAUCUAAGCCACCCUACCCUUGGAGCUAGGAGGUCGUUCCACCAAUCAUAGGUAAAACAAGUGUGUUAAGUGCAGAGAUGAGGAUAUCGUUCUGGGCCGGACCCAAGUGGUGCUCAGCUGAGUAAUUGAUGUAUGAGCAACUUGUUCAACUUUUUAGCCUCCUUCCCCAGUACAUUGCCUUGGUUGUGUCAAUAUGUAUGGAUACCGAGCCAUUCCGAUAAUACCACCUGCAGUGUGAUGCACGUCCCAGUGACCUUAGGGAACAAAGAUCAGCACGCGGGCAAUUAACGUGUGUAUGUUAAUAUCCUGGACUUGAUGAUAUGGAACUUACGGAGAUGGGGACUCGCCAGAGAGAGUUGGGGCAGCUGGCAGUGGUACCAGUGGCGCCGACGGAGGAAGUCACUUAUGGUCCGGAGUCUGCACACUCCACGUGUGAGUCACAGGCAGCUUGGGUCGAAUACAAGCCUGUGCUUUCACAAAUGGAUCGCCUGUUGGAUGAACGGUACCGGGCCAAGUUAAAAAGUAACGUUACUGCUACCCUGCAAGCUAAAGUGUAUAACUUUCUGGAGAGGCCGACAGGAUGGAAGUGCUUCAUAUACCACUUCACAGUCUUCAUGAUGGUGCUCAUCUGCCUCAUCUUCAGUGUCUUAUCUACCAUAGAGCAGUACACAGCCUUCGCCAACGAAACACUCUUCUGGAUGGAAAUUGUGCUGGUUGUGUUCUUUGGGUUGGAGUACGUGAUCCGGUUGUGGUCGGCCGGAUGCCGCAGCAAGUACAUGGGAGCUCGGGGACGAUUACGAUUUGCGCGGAAACCCAUUUCAGUUAUAGAUUUCCUUGUAGUUAUCGCAUCUAUAGUGGUUCUCUCAGUAGGCUCAAACGGCCAGGUGUUCGCCACCUCUGCCAUCAGAGGAGUGAGGUUCCUGCAGAUUCUGCGUUUGCACGUGGACCGACAGGGCGGCACCUGGCGUCUACUAGGCUCUGUAGUGUACAUACAUAGACAGGAAUUAAUAACAACGCUGUAUAUAGGGUUUCUGGGGCUCAUCUUCUCUUCCUACUUUGUGUAUCUGGCUGAGAAAGAUGCAGUGGGAGAGGAUGGUACCACAGAUUUCACCAGCUAUGCAGAUGCCCUCUGGUGGGGCGUGAUAACUGUUACCACUAUCGGCUAUGGCGACACAGUUCCGCAGACGUGGAUGGGACGUAUCGUGGCUUCCUGUUUCUCUGUAUUUGCCAUCUCAUUCUUCGCCUUACCUGCAGGUAUCUUGGGGUCUGGGUUUGCCUUGAAGGUUCAGCAGAAGCAAAGGCAGAAGCAUUUUAACAGACAGAUUCCCACAGCAGCAUCUCUCAUACAGUGUUUGUGGCGGUGCCACGCUGCCGAGUCAUCCUUCAACUCCAAUGCUACGUGGAAGGUGCAUGUACAGGAGAAUGGCCACCAUCACUACUAUGGUAGCAAGCAGUUUGGGCUCAACUCCAAUCCCUCAGCUCUCACACGUAUGGCCCGCCGAGCUAGUCUACUGAAGAAGAAGCUCUCGUUCCGCGGAUCCAACAUGCUGGAGAGACAGGAGAGUUGCUCCUCCCUGUCCAACUAUCAACUGGACGCUAUCAAACCAGGUACUCCGACCCGUUGUGGGUCGUACGGGCGGGGAUCUGACGCUGACGUAUCACUGGAGGAUGAAAUUGACGGUGAUUGCAUCAUAAAGCCAGAGCAGUUGACGGAGUCACAUAAGGUGAUGAUCAGGGUGAUACGUAAGAUCAAGUUCUUUGUGGCCAGAAGAAAAUUCUCACAAGCUCGCAAGCCGUAUGAUGUACGCGAUGUGAUAGAGCAGUAUUCUCAGGGACAUCUCAACAUGAUGGUCAGAAUCAAAGAGUUACAGAGGAGACUGGACCAGACUCUGGGCAAGCCAGUAUACUUUGGUGCAAACAACAAAGACAGGGAGAAAUCAACACUAUGUGCACGAGUCACAAGGGUAGAAAAUCAGGUAAAUCGUUUGGAUACAAAGAUGGACCAGAUGCUUACAUUAAUGAAUAAGCUAGUCAAAAUGACAGAGGGAAAAGAAUCCAGUAAAGAAGAUAAUUCCUAGCAGUGACUGAAAUCCGUACAUCCACACCAAGACCCUGAUGCCAGUAUGCCCGGCACCAGAUGCACAUGCACGUGUCAGUGCCAGGGCAUGCCCCUGCUGACUUGCACAUCAACACACAUAGAGCAGGCUCAGAUUGCCCAAUAGGAGCCAAGGUCAGAGUUCAAGGUCAUUCAUGACCUGGAUGGAUAACAGUGACGGAGUAAAGAUACAGUGUGCUCACCAUCAAACUUUCACAUUUGUACGAAGACAGCAACCGAAAAUAUUUGAAGUGCGAAGUCUGACACAAGGAGAUGUACAGUGCUGUACAGUAUUAGGCCGAUGGCAGGACAUUCAGUGGCAGGAGAAGCUUCAACAUAUGCCAGGCACACAGAAGCAGACGUCUUCCUUUAGGAACCACAGAGUGUAGUGUGUACAGGAUACACAGUUCUUGAAUACAGCAUACAUUGUACCAUGGUACAUAGAUUGACUGAAGGUGUAGGCAGUUACCUGAUACAUAGCCAGAAACAUAGACCAUGGUUUGUGUUCCUUGUUACAAUGUACAGAAGUAUAUGCUAACUGACUCCAGGUACCUUUCCGUGUUACAUAGACCUUGAUGAUGCCACAAGAAGUUGACUGUUUCAUCCUUCCCCGAAAGACAUCAAGUUUCCAUCUUCUCCACCAAGCCCAUCUCCAAGCAGAUUCAUCUUUCAAAAUUCUAAAUGAUGAUUAAUUUCAAGCUAUUUCUCUAUUGCCAGCACUGAAAAUAAUAUAGCUUCUAUUUUAAUAGUUGAUUCGUUUUGACCUCGGUACUGUUUCGCUCAAAGAGUCAAAUUUGAAUGACCAGUACCUUGAUAUGCAAUAUCGGAUGUCAGGUGCACAUGUCCUUAAUAUAACCUUUUCAGUCACAGAGAGGUUGAUAUGCAGUGUCACAUUUCAGAUGAGCUGGUCAGAAGAAGAUCUGACCAGUAGGUUAAUAGGCAGUACCCAUGACCUUGAUGAUAGUACCCAGUUACACAUUGCCAUGGUAACAAUCAGUGGAGCCUCAAACAGUAUUGUGGUACACUUUCACACAACAUGUACCACCAUAUCAAAUCUUUGAUGCGGCACUGAUUGUUAAAAGCAUGCACGUUUGUGGUGCAAGUGUCUGGAUACACUCUCUGAUAAAUCAAUACCUUCAAGCAACGUCUAGCUUCUUGGUUGAACGGGCAUUUUGUGAAUGAGUAUGAAAAUCUGGAAAACAUUUUUUACAUUCCAUGAUGAAGCAAGGUUUUCUGCAUUUAACAUUCCUGACAUCCCCGGAAGAUGUAAUAAUGGUCAUCGACCUCCAGACAUCCUCCUGUUCUCAUUACUCAUGACAGACAUUCCAUGAUCGGUGAAGCAACAAAGCCUUCCUCAAGUUUGUUUUCUGAAGGUCACAAAUUUAAUGGCAAUAUCAAAUAUAUUAUAUCUAUUCUCAUGUAAUAAUAUCCUAAAACUUCUUAUGAUUCCUUAGAAGUACUUCCAAAUUCAAAAUACUUUACAAAUAAAGAAGUCCAUAACAGAUGUAUAUAAAACAUAUAUAUAUAUAUGUAUUUUUCUCUCAGGAAACCAAAGAUGAUUGCCCAUUUAUCAUAUGGGAAACAAAUUACCUACAACUGUAAAUAUUCAGAAAAUAUGAACACUCUUCUCAUUUUAUGGAUAGAAUUGCCCUAAAAAAUCAAAUUGGUGUGUUUGAUUGCAAAUAUGUGUAUUUGAAGAGAGCUGUUUAUAUUGUUAUUUUAUUGAGUGUAUUUAAGGAGAAAGUGAUCAAUAAUCUUUAAUGAGUUUACCAUCUUGAGACUUACCGGUAGAUCAAGAAAAUCUCUAACACAAGUCUUUUUGCAUGUAGCAUUUUUGUAAAAUGUAAACGUAUGGACACACAAUGACAUGAAACAUUUAUGGAUAAGAAAUUCUUCAUUGACUGAGCAACGAUUCAGGUUUAUUUCUUGCCCAGGAAGCAACAGACUUCUAUUAAAGUUUCAUAAACAUGUCAUGUGUUCAUAUUCUUCCGACUUCUAAAUACCAUAAAGUUUUUUAUGAAAAUAUGAAGACAUGUUCCUAUAUACAGGAUAAUUACAGUAAGGCUGAAGGCAAUAGAGUUCACACAAAGACUCUUACCGCAAAGAUCCAGCUUAUGAUGUCAGUAUUACUUAGAACACAGUCAGUACAGAUCUUGUCUAGAAAUUGGUAGCAUUUCAAGAAGCAGUCAUUGCCAGUAUCAUCAGACAAGUGUACAUAACAUGUCCAUCUCAAUAACAACCUCAACAAUAAAAGUGUAUCAAAUGAUUGGUAGUGAAAUCCUGAAGAACGGUCUACAAUGGUUUAUAGUCCAAGGGAGACAACUCUGUUGAUAAUCAUCACACAUUCUGAACUGUCAGAACGUCAUGCAAGUUUUAUUACAUUUAUAACACUUUUCAGCACACUAUUUGCAAUAGGCACUCGAAGUUUGAUUAUUGUUUACGUCAUCUUCAACCCUUGGGGCUCCUAACUUGGCACGGUCGGUAGUGUGCCUGUUGGUAGGAAUCAGCCCCCUCUGUCAGCACCAGCACAAAGUGUGAGAGAUUCAACAUGCUAAAUUACUCCUGCAAUUAUGCCUGGGAAUGGUAGAAGUGAUACAGUGUUUGAUCAUAUCAUUUAUUCUCAUAAAUCAUGUUGAGUUAAACAGUAAAGGUACAAUUAUAGAAAGGUUUGUUUUUCAAACAACAUUAUUUUUCCAACGAAUGUAUCAAAUGGUAUUUUUACAAAGUUUCCAGUGAUACCUAUCUUUGUUUUAGUCCUGUGGAAGCAUCUGGUCACGGUUUCUCAUUGUGUCUCAAUGUAAAGGGGUGUAUAAUUCUAUUGCGAGGCAAUAACAGGAAUGCCUCAUGCUUGUUUUAACAGAAUCAGCUAAUAAAUAUGGUAAUGACAAUUACAUAGCCAACCAGAUCCCUGAUUGAGUUGAGUGACUUCAGUACUGGGUCCUGUUUCACACAGCGAUCGUAGUUCUAUGGCUCUCGUAAGUCUAUGAUAAAGUAUGUGACUUACGAUCGUGUCAGAUGACUAGUAAGUCAUUGAUAAAGUAAGGGAGUCAAAAUCGUCUUAUUGGUACAUCUGUCGUAAGUCUAUGAUAAAGUAUGUAACUUACGGUCAUCUUAGCACUAUAAUUUACUUAAAUAGGUGUGUGUGAUUUAAAUUCAUGAAAGUACUACCACUGUCAUAAGUCUGUGAUAAAGUAUGGAAUUUAGGAAUCUCAGCCAUUUGUCUGUGUUAAAGUAUGCCAUGGCUGUCGCAAGUCUGCAUUUAAGUUUAGGACUUGUGAUGACAUUAGCACUAUAACCGCUUUGUGGAAUCAGACCGAAUACUAAAGUCAUGAAUUGGACUCAUCACUAAUGGAUACUGAUUAUACAGCCUUGAAUCAUUGUUUACGAGCCGAUAUCUCCCACUUGACAGUGCCUGUCUGUACAGUACCCAGUUGUGCCACACCAGUCACAUGGUCUUGGGGUAAAUCUUAGCUGGUUCCAUUUGUAGCAAAUUUUUACUACUUUCAAACUUUUAUGAAGAAAAUGUUUGACAAAUAAAUUGGGCAUCAAUAUAUUAAAUUAUAUCUGUUUGGAUUUAGUAUUGCAGUUUGCUUGUGUUUCAGUCUCUUAUUUCUAGGACUUUAAACGCUUGUUGCAUAAUGAUUACUGUUUCCCAGUGAAUCAUGGUAUCGGUUAAGUAAGGCAGACACUGCAUUUUCUAGUUGAUGCAUUUAAUCAGCUGUUACAUUUGCCAUCUGUUUGUAGCUCAUGAUGUGUCAUUUUGAAGUAGAACGAUUAGCCAGCAUUGUUUAGUUCUUUAUCAUUUAUGAAACCUUUUAAGAACAGAUGCAUUUAAUUUUUCUCUUUACAUGUUUUUUGGGUCGGUAAGCCAAGAGGCAGUGUUGUCAGGGUUGGGUAAUGUUCUUCAAAUAACCUUUCUAACAAAUAUACAUGGUAGAAAGUAUGUAUUAAAACAUCUUACAGUGUUAUGAGUCUAGCAUACGUCUAUAAACGUUAGUAGCUUUUGUUCAUCCUUAGUGAAUUAAAUGGUCUGUAUCAACGAAAAUAUGUAUUUUAAUGCAUACCAAUCAAAACAAGAUAAGGAUCACCAUCGGUAGUCCAUGCCAGAUCAUGCAUGGUCAUAUGAAAACACUGGUGUUCCCUACAACCUUUGAAUAGUAUAGAUGUGUUUUACAUGUCAGUGUUCAACAGGUCAAAUUUGUCAGGUCUGCAUUUUAAUGUCUACAAUGGAUUCAAGUAGGUGGAAUAUAUGCAUGAUUUUGUAUGUGAUACUUACCAAAUAUGCAAAGAUACACUCUGAUACUGUACCAGAUAAAAAUAUAUAAUAUUUUAGCAUUAUUAUUGAAUUAAAAUGACUUCCACAGAGAUAUUGAAAUAUUUUCAGACAGUUAUAAAUCAAGUCUUUGUAAUUUUACUCCCAACAGGAACAGCCUCAGAGUGUAUGGAGUUGACCACUGUGAUAAUUUUGUAAAGGAUAUGAAGGGAAUUUAUAUCAGAAAAGGCAGAAUAUCUCGUAAGGUACACAUUUUGUCGUCAUUGUCAUUAGUAUAUGACAUGUAAAGCUUUAAACCUUCACCAUGUACAAAAUCCCUUCCCCCCCCCCCUCCUCAUCAUCACACCCUUCUAAGUUGCAAUCAAAGUGUGAAAAGACAAACCCACAUCUUUGUAUGUUGAAAAUGAAAUUCAGAUGUCCUCGGACCAAAAGAUUCUCAUGAUAUGCAAGAACAGAUCUUCAUUAAGGAUGCAGGAUAGUCCCCGUGUAUGAAGGGGAUGAGGAGAAAAUGAGUGCUAUAUAUAUGAUUCCAACAAGACAUUUUGUUUCACCUUGUAAUAAAGGUUAAGCUGUACAUUAUUUACACAGAUAUUAACCACGAAAUAUCUUUAAUAUAUCUAAGUAAUUUUAAAAGUUGUGUAUUUUGUCACAGCAUGAACCAGAAUCCAAUUUUUCAAUACUCCCCAGUAAGUUUCAAGGCCCGGUAACCUAGAGUGCUUGUAACAAAUGAAAUGGUGAGUCUUUGACUAAGCAUCAGGGUUACGACUGUCGUAGCGCUAGAAUCGCUCUGCAGAACAAGCCCCAGGUCCCUGUUCAGUGGCUGUUGUACUACAUACCAGGAUCUUGUUCCAUAUAUUGACCUUAAGUCUAUAGUGAGUCUUAGAUUGAGCAUUAGAGUAAGAUCACACUGCAGAACAAGCCCCUGGGUCCCGUUUCACAAGGCUCUCGUAAGCCUAAGAUAUCAUAGCAUUCGCACCUCCUAUACUGUAACAUAGGAAGUACAAAUGCUACAAGAAUAGUUACGAGAUCUUAGCCUUACGAGAGGUUUGUGAAACGGGGUCCAGGUCGAUAGCAAGGGUUUGUUCUAAUACAUGCCUCGGCCCUUAUUCUCGAAACGUUCAUAGCCUUAAGAAUUCUUAACUUUGAGUGUAGCCAAUGUGUUAAGAAUGGGCUUACGAAGUUCGUAGGGUUACGAACGUUUCGAGAAUAGCUAGCCUGGACUUCAGUCCACAGAGCAAUCUUAACAUAAAAUCUAUCGUAAGUGUAUGAUACGGAAUUUUUGUUACAACGGCCUUAGUGGUAAGAUCACUCUGUAGAACAAGUCCCUGGUCAAGGGUUUGUUCUAAUACAUCCCUGGACCUCAGUCCACAGAGCAAUCUUAACAUUACGUUAUCGUAAGUGUAAGAUACGGAAGACAGCGCUACGAUCACUCCUCAAGUCCCAGGUCAACACUGGUCUGUUGUAUCAGGCCUGUCCCUUGAAACAAAUAGGGUACACCAUGGCAGCUACAGAUCUCACCAGGACAAUCUCUGUCCCCAAUGCUUAUUUGUGUCAGUACAAUGUACCAUUAUUCAUUUGCACGUAUAUCAGACUUGCAUUGCUUGAUGCUAGGUUUGAUAGUUUAUAUGUAUGUAUAUUGAUUCAUCCUCUUUCAAUUUUCACUUUAGUAAUUUAUUCAAAAAUAUUUGUCUCACCUGAGCGGAUGUGCACGUCACAGUGACGGCUGGUUCGCAGCUGCUCGACCAGUCCAGAGGAAGCCAUGUAAGUUGUUCUAGACUCGGAACUCAAUCUGGGGAUGGUUUAUUUAUUGCUCUUCUAAUUAUUAUCAGUCCAUUUGUUUCUUUUUUUCUUCUAGACAAUGAUGCAGGAGAUGAAAUAAAGAAAUAAUUUUGUUUGUCAGGGUUCGCUGUCAGUUAAUUGAGGUAAAUAUGAUUGCAGUACUUGUUUUUAGGAAUUAAUUCUUAUCACUCUAAACAUAUAAAGGGUAACUGUUAAUUUUCUUUAUGAAAAGAAGCAGUAAAAACUAAAAGAACAUUACAAUCAACAUCAGAUAUUGAGUGAAGACUUUAACAAGAACAACGAACACAGCAGUUGUAAUGGGUUUUGUUCAGUGUGGAGCUAGAAUAGUUCUGGGUCCCGAACCACAAAGUGUUCCUAAUGUUACGACCUGUUGUUACUCUUUACUUUAUCAUAGGCUUACAAAUGUCGUAGCACUAUGAUGGUUUUGUGGAUUGAGACACUGAUCGUAACCUGUGCUAGGUAUUUAUUUCUGUAAUUUCACUUUAAGAUGUAAGGACUUUAAAGUUUACAUAUUUAAUACUUAAUGUUAAACUGGUUUAGUGUCAGUUUGUACUUAACCUAGUUCUUCAAAGAUAAAUACAAUAAAAUAGUAGAUAUGCUCUUCCUCAUCAUCUGCUCUGAAGGCUGAAAUGGGAUUGUUGGGAUUGUUGUUGUUAGAGUCCAAUAUGGCAAGAAUACCUUAGAAGUCCAUGAACCUGCUACAGUGAGUAUAGCACGUAGGGACUACAUCCUCAGUGGGUGAUAUAGGGUGUUAUUGCCCGAGUGACUGGCCAGAGAGAGGCUAGUUGCCCAGAGUAUGAGACUGGUAAGCAGAUCGAGCGUUGUGUUUGUGUGUGUGAGUAGUGUGAGAGAUUUUAUCUUGAACAUCACAAUGUAUAUGGCAGUUAUACACAUCACUUUAUCUUUAUGAAGCAAUCUUUGAUCACUGUUUUUAUUUAUUAGAAAUAAACCUAUUAUUUUAUACA